UUCGAAUCAGUUGUUGAUGAAAAAACAUCAUACUAACAGCUACUCAAAAAUGUUCCAAAGCACCUUGGCAAUUGCGUUACUGCUAGGCUUAGCCUAUCAGAUGGUCAGUACAGAAAAAAAUUCACCUGGUGAGUUGUUCAUGCGCAAUGUACCAAUGGAAAAAGUAGAAAAAUGUGCUGAGGAACUUGGUUUGAUUAAGGAAGAAGUUAAAAUGUAUUUAGGUACUGGUAACAGAGUACCAGUUGAAAAAGAAUUAUGUUUGCAUAAAUGUGCUGCUACUAGUGUUGGAGCUAUCAAGAAUGGAAAAAUGAAUUUGGAUUAUAUCAAGGCAAAUUUUCCACCAGAACUCGAAAACGAUAUGGACAAAAUUGUGGGAUGUUUUGAGAAAAUUGAUUCAAUUACUGUUUGCCAGGACAUGCUUCAAGUUCAAAAAUGUUUGAAAAAAAACUAAAGAUGAUUUAAAUAUGUGAUAAUGGUUUUAAUAAAGCUGAAUUAAAAUAUCAAAUAUUCAAAUUAAAAAUAAGAUUUAUUAUCUUAAAGGAA